ACUCCAUCGCUUUGCGCACAGCAAAGACUUCAAACGGAAAAUACAAUGCCGACGAAUUUUCAUUUCGAAAUGGCCAGAAGUCUCAUUGGAUUUAUGGUUCUCUUACUCUUUCUAUCGACCUGUGAAGCAUCUCCAAUUUAUCAGCCGAUCUCCGUUUGUCAUCGAUCUGCCGCUCUUGUGCACUUCAGUCCCGACCAUGGAUCCUUCAAGAGUUUAGAAGAGACAUACGAAGCACUAAGAACAUUUGACGUUCUUGGAAUCCAAAAGAAGCCUAAUGUAACCGCCACAGCUUGCCGUUUAAUUUCGGAAGCUGUUGGGUCAUCAUCAUCAACCCCAAAGGAUCUUUUCUAUGCUUUAAAAGCAAAUAGCGUGGCGAAAUGCAAGAUAAACGAUAAAGUUUUUCAGGGCAUUAUAACAAGACUUAAUGCUGCUGUCAAUGAUGCAAGUUCAUUGCUUGACUUCCACUAUUCAGUAGGAGGUUUGGUGCUUGUCAAGAGUUCCAAACCUGACGUUCAUCUUGCUAAUGCUGAUGGAAUUUUCCGCUCAGUGAAGGCUUUCAGUCAGGGUGAUGGCAAGUGGCGCUAUAGUUCAAAUAAUCCUGAAUCCAGUGCAUUUGCUGCUGGAAUAGCACUUGAAACACUUGCAGGAAUUGUUUCAUUAGCAUCUUCUGAACUUGACCAAUCUUUGGUCAGUACUCUAAAUAACGAUAUAAGCAAGCUUUUCGACAGUAUUGAGAAAUAUGACAAUGAGGUUCUUUACUUCGAUGUUAUGCUUGGUGAUGGACAUGACCAUCAAGGUCCCUUAGCAACCACCUCGUCUAUUGUUAGAGGACUAACAGCAUUUGCAGCAGUGAGUGAUGGAAGUCUUAUUCUUCCAGGCAACAAGAUACUCGGAUUGGCUAACUUCUUCCUUGGUGUUGGAGUUCCUGGUGAUGCCAAAGAUUUAUUCAACCAAAUAGACUCCUUAGCUUGUUUGGAAAGCAACAGGGUUUCCAUCCCACUGAUUCUAUUUCUUCCAUCUACAGUGCUUUCAUUGACCAAAAAGGACUCACUCCAGGUUAAAGUUAACACUGUGCUGGGUUUAAAUCCACCACCUCUUACUGUGAAGCUUGUGGGAGCUUUUACUUCUGGUUCAAAGGAUGCAUCUCUAGUUGAAAGCCAGGAACUUGGGUUUGAUGCUGGAACUGGGCUACAUAACUUGAACAACUUGCCAAAGAGUAUAGAUGUUGGAAGUUACACAUUUGUUUUUGAGAUUGUGCUCCAUAAACCUGAGGAUGAAAAAGUUUAUGUCACGGGAGGCCAAAAGAAAGUACCAGUAUUUGUCACAGGACUUAUCAAAAUUGAAAAUGCAGAAAUCGCUAUACUUGGCAGUGAUCUUGGGAGCAUAGAAACACAGAAAAAGCUAGAUUUAGCUGGACAAAGUGCUGUAUCAUUAUCAGCAAACCAUCUCCGAAAGCUACGUGUAUCCUUUAAAUUGACAACUCCUCAUGGGCUUGCUUUUAAUCCACAUCAGGUAUUGCUCAAGUUGAGACAUGAAAGCAAGGUUGAGCACCUCUUUGUGGUUGGAAACUCGGGAGAACAGUUUGAAAUAAUCCUAAAUUUUCUUGGGCUGGUUGAGAAGUUCUUCUAUCUCUCAGGUAGAUAUGACAUUGAGCUAACAGUUGGUGAUGUUGUUAUGGAUAACUCUUUAUUAAGAGCCAUUGGGCAUAUUGAGUUAGAUCUACCAGAACCUCCUGAGAAGGCACCCCGCCCUCCUCCACAACCUGUUGAUCCUUACUCAAGAUAUGGGCCCAAAGCAGAGAUAACACACAUCUUCAAGGCUCCUGAAAAGCGUCCUCAGAAGGAGCUUUCUUUUGCUUUCCUGGGUCUUACCUUCCUUCCAUUACUUGGAUUCUUGUUUGGGCUAUAUCGAUUGGGGGUGAAUUUGAAGAACUUUCCUACCAAUACUGUUGCUGCCACAUUUGCUGUUCUCUUCCAUGUUGGCAUCGGAGCAGUUCUGUUACUCUAUGUGUUUUUCUGGUUGAAGUUGGAUCUGUUCCAAACGCUGAAACUACUUGGUUUGUUGGGAGUUUUCCUUGUGUUUGUUGGCCAUAGAAUCCUUUCCUAUUUGGCUGCUACAUCUGCCAAGCUUAAAUCUGCCUGAGUUGAUUGAAGAAUGAUUCAAUUCCUUUGCAAGCGUUGUUUGGUGCACAGCGAAGAAAGGGUUCUUUCCCUUUUGCUUACCCAGAUUUUUCUUGGGACAUUUUAAUUCAAAAUUUUGUUAGGCUCGGCUCAUUUUGUCAAAUCAAGGCAAUUUCCUUUUUAUGAACCCCUUUGUA